UAUCUAUGCAUUCUGUUGAUGCCUGAAUGACUUUUGCAAUCAGUAGUUACUAUUUUUGUGUGCAUUUCAGAAUAUUUUACUAUAACUGACGCUUUAUAAAUGAUUGUCAUGAUUCUUUAUUGUUAGUAUAUCGCAGCUUAUUGUGUUGUUUGAGUAAAUUGAUCAUGGCACGUUUUUCUCUUGGCUGUUGCUCCCCGUGAUUCUCUCUUCUUUGUUUUGGAUACACAACCCACCCAAAGGCCAAGAGUCCCUGGAUGAAAGAUGGCCUAACAAGCCAGGGCCCUCCUCACAGUCCCCUAAGUAUGCAGGUCCGUAGUUUCCUUAAAGCCACUGUCUGUAGUUGUCCUACAGCCGCUUCCCUGGAAGCCUUGUCUUCUUGCAGAAUUUCAAGGGUAGUGCAGUUCCUAAGUUCCAGGCCACCAGUAGUGUCAAGAUCAGAUCUCAGGGCCAGUUUCUUCCCAGGGAUUGAAUUCAGCCAGCACACUAGGAGGGCACACACCAGGAGCAAUCAGCUCCCAUCCAAAAAGACGGUCUGAGGGCCAACCUCCUGUCCGGAAAGUGAGCAAGGCCCACACCAGAAGAAGUGACCUCAGCAACAAAGUCCUGAAGGAGAGUCCUGUAGAACACGCUGUCAUCAUCAUAGCUCCUGCCUGCAGCUUCUUCAACUAAGGCAUUUCCAGCUAUAGAACAGAUGCUUGGACCUAGUAGAAGAGCUUUUACCGCUCUUCUUUCCCAGUUCAAAACAAAUAAUCUUCACGCUCCACAAUCCACCAAGGUCAUAGUGAACAAAGUAGCUACAUACAUACAUACAUACAUACAUACAUACAUACAUACAUACAUACAUACAUACAUACAUACAUACAUACAUACAUACAUACAUACAUAAAAGGUAAAGGUGGUCCCCUGUGCAAGCACCAAGUCAUUACCCAUGGGGGGGAUGUCGCAUCACGACAUUUUCUUGGCAGACUUUUUAUGGGGUGGUUUGCCAGUGGACUCGAAUCUCAUUUAGCAAUGACAUUCUUCUCAAGAAACGAUCUCAAUAGUGUGCAGUGCACAGAAGGGGCUAUGCGAGAAAAAUAGAAUGUUCCAGGUUUAAUGCCUUUCAUCUACAGAAAAUCAUCUUUCUUAUUACUUUAUCCAUCUAUACAGUGAAAGUCAUGGCAGGAAGGCAAGCGACAAAUACUUUACAUUUAGAGAGUUCAAAGUGCUUUGCAUUGUUCAGGAGCUGUACAGUUCCUUAUUCAGGGGUCCAGAAAUUGUGGCAGGGCUUAACAACCAACGACUGUUUUUGACGAGUCAACUCCGUAAUCCUAUCUGACAACAAUGACACAAUAUAAUAGGUGUUAUUGCAGGAAGGAAGGUGAAGCGAGUUUUACGUAAACACCAGAGGUGGUGUUCUCUUCCAAGUUACUUGUUUUUACAGUUUCAUCUGUGAAUUCAUUCUGUGGCGUUUGAAGUUCCUCCACCCUUCUUGCAGUUUUUACCAUCCCUUCUUCUCUUCCCCCAUGCCUGCCAAUUUUUGUAGAACAUUCCCCUCUGAACAAGGAGCCCCAUAGAAGGAGACAGAUGCCCAGCCCAGCCCUGUGUGGUUCUCUCACACCUUCUUCCUAUUUCGUAUUCACAGCAGUUUGAAACUUAAGAACGGAAGGUGUUUGCUCAGUCUGUAUUGUGGUGGGAAGCAUUUCGAGCCACUUUACUGUCUUUGGUGGGGGGGGGAGUGUCUCCAUCUUCUCCCCCCUCCCCCCCCAGUUCCUGGGUUUUGCCUGGAAUCCCCGUAAAGAUGCCUACAGAACUCUCUUUUCUUAAGCAGAUACUUAACUAUUGGAAAUACUUGAAGGCCACCCUUUCUGUGGCACGUCCAAGGUGCAUUCAAACAUCACAGCUUCAACAUAUAAUAGCAAAACCCAAUGUAAUCAUCAGUGAGUGGCAAAUAGAAGCAGCAAGUAAAAGCAGCAGAUCCGAAGAAGGUGGGGUGGUUUGCCAUUGCCUUCCCCAGUCAUCUACACUUUACCCCCAGGAAACUGGGUACUCACUUUACCGACCUCGGAAGGAUGGAAGGCGGAGUCAACCUUGAGCUGGCUUCCUGAACCCGGCUUCCACCAGGAUCGAACUCAGGUUGCGAGCAGAGCUUGGGCUGCAGUACUGAAGCUUACCACUCUGUGCCAUGGGGCUCCAACAUCCAUACAUACAUUACAUACACUUGCCCCAGCAUGCAAAUUAAGCAGUUGCAGAAUACUGGUUAGUUUUGGUUUUACACACAACUCUAUUUUCAGAAGCAGGUUACUUUUAACAAAGUAAAGAAGCAGCAUACUUUUAAAGUAUGCUGCUUCUGUUUCAAGUGGGCAGUCCAGUUGGAGAAUAAGGCUUGGACCCUACAGAUGGCUGAUUUCCUGGUCAGGGCAUCUCUCCAAAAGGUUGCCAAGGCAGAGCAAAGCCACAGCUUGAGCCAAAGGGUUGGAAGGAGCAAACAAGCCAUGACAUGGUCCUUUCUUGUCCAGCCCCUUCGGAAACUCUCUCUCUGUGCGGUAUAUCAGUUUCCUGCAAGACUGGAGUUUGGAAAGGAGCCAUGUUCUUUUUUCUCCAGUACUUGGCCUGCGGGUUCGGCAUUGGAGCCUCACAUCGAGCGUGCUACCACCCUGAGUUCCUCAGUCUCUCCUACCAGGGGACUGUCUCCUUAUCCUAGACAACUGCCUUUGGGAUAUAGCUGCUGCAAGGAAAAAGACAACGCUUGGCCAGCAGCACUGGGCAUGUGCAAGAGGAAUCGUUGUAAUGCUUACACAGCGUUAAUUCUUUUGUGGCAUUUCACCAACUCGUUCUAAGUGGAUCUACUCAGAAAUCUGCUUGUGUCUAUUGAAUGGGGCUCACUCCCAGCAAAUUCCACAACGUUACUGUAUUGACAUUUGAAGCUGUAUGUGAUCUAUGAAUCUUGGUAGUGAGUGCUCUUUCUGUUUCGUUCUCCCUUGUAUGAAGCAGCUGCAGAUGACCAUCCCUGAAGGAUUCCGAACCCCAGCAGAUGCAAGAAGACGGUGAGACCCCUGACUUCUCCGGGGUCAGUUGGCUUCUGUGCUAUGUACCUUGACUUGCGCCCUGGGAAACGAAAGAUUGCGCUGGGCAUCUGUGUGGUUUUCUUCAUCAGCCUCACUCUUUCGUUGAUGCAGAGGACAAACAGAGACCAGGCCAUACCUCAACCGUUAGCAAAGUGCUGGAAACUGAAAGAGCUUCUUGGGACUGGAAAUGUAUUGGAAAAUAGGAGUAUUCUCAAUCAUAUGUCGUCCAGUGAUAAGGAGCUGGUUCAUGCAGUUGAGAAAUGGCCUCUAGAGGGAGAGGACAGAAAGAUUUUGGCGCAGCUGCUGCUCACACAAGAGUGCCCUUCGCAGCCUAAUGCCACAGCAUUGGCCCAGUACAGGGCAGAAUUAGGGCAAUGCUGCAAUGCUUCUUUCUGGCUUGCAGUCACCAAGGAAAACACGCCUCUGGGAUCAGACAUCCUCUUGGAUGGGAACGCAGGAAAGAAAAUUAAAGUGAAAACUGAGCUGAUGGACCUGCUACCAAAGAGAUCACCCUUCUCAGGCAUUCAGUAUGACCAGUGUGCUGUGGUGGGCAAUGGUGGAAUCCUCCAGAACAGCAGCUGCGGGCAAGAGAUCGACCAGGCAGAUUUAAUAGUGAGGUUCAACCUCCCUCUUAUGAACUGCUCUGUAGAUGUGGGGACCAAGACCGGCCUGGUUACCCUAAAUCCCAGCAUCCUUCAGGAGAAAUUCAAGAACCUGCAGGCACGCAGGAAGCCUUUUGCGGAUGCUCUGAGUCCUUACAGCAGCGCCUUGGUCUUCAUUCCUGCUUUCUCUUUUGUGGGCCACAGUGACCUCUCUUACAGAGCUCUGUAUACCAUGGAGGACUUCGGCAUGAUGCAGCGGGCUUACUUCUUGAACCCGCACUACCUGAGCGCCCUGAAGAAACACUGGAAAGAUCAGGGCUUCCACCCCCCGCGCCUUUCCUCUGGCUUUAUGCUCAUCAGCGUGGCCUUGGAACUCUGCAAGCACAUCACGCUCUAUGGCUUUUGGCCUUUCCCCCAUGACCUGGCCGACCAGCCAAUACCUCAUCACUACUAUGACAACGUUAUGCCCAAGCGUGGUAUGCAUGCCAUGCCCAGUGAGUUCUCACACUAUCUAAGAAUGUACGCCCAGGGUGUGCUACAGAUACGGCUAGGCAAAUGUUGGUGACGAAAUGGGGAAAUUACUUGACCAUGGGCAAAGAGGGGUCAGUCUCCAAUGACAGAUUGCAAAGCCUGAAGGUCACAGCACAGAGGCUGGGGAAAUAGCAUGGGCGAGUGCUUCAAGAAGGCCCUGCGGGAUGGAUUGCUUUGCAAAACCUUCUGAGGUUGCUGUCACUCUAGCCACUGGAGCUGAAAUCGCCACCCACCAUUUGCGCAGUUAUUUAUGAAGAAUCAGGACAAUGUCACUGGCAAACCUUUGCAGCUCAGUGUUUUUCCUGUUGGCCUCCUGUAUUUUUAAUGACUUGGUUUGUGGCCAUAUUCUUGUAUUUUAAUGGAAUUGCUGAGCUACAUGUUAUGAUUUGAGGUACUGUUUGGACGGGGCUUCAGCACUGGAAGGGAAAUCAUUGUUACUCUCCCCAUUCUGCCAAUCAAAAUUCGGCCCCUCAAAAAUGCUGGGUAGGGGAAAAAGAUGAGCGUGGGUGAGCCUCUCCUUUUGCACUAACAGGGGUAUUAGCAGCUCAGCAAAGAAGAAACAAUCAUCCUCUAUCCCGUUCCUCGUGACAGUAUCGCAAAAGAAAUUUUGCAGGCAACCAAGAACUAUAGCCAAAGAGCAAACAGCAGCUCAUGUUACAGGAAAUGGCCAGUGCACGGGCUUAUUUCUCUUUAUUAUUACAGCACUUAGCCAGUACGUUAACCAUAAAAUUUAAGUGCACAUUUUACAACCAUUUGAAACAUGAAGCAUAUAAGUAUAUACAAUUUAAAAACAAUUUCCUAAUAUCUAUCAACGGGCUUAUUUUUUGUGUUUAUGCAAUCCUUUGAAAAGCCACAGACAAUUUCCUGACAACUUUAUAACCGAUAACUUCCUUUUUCACAAGGUCUUUGACUGGAGAGCUCUUACUUUGUCCAAUAAAAAGCUUGUAACUGA